AUGUUUUAUACAUUGAAAGAAUCAGAAAACAUGGCUAGUGAUCAAACCGAUUAUAUUAAGAAAGGAAUUGCUUAUGCUGAUAUAGCUACAAAAGAAGAUGAACAAAAAAAUUAUGGAAAAGCAUCUAAAAAUUAUAUGUCCGCUGCAGAAUGCCUUCUGGUAGCAAAAAAACAUGGAAAUAUGAAUGAAGACACAAAAGUGAUGAUUACUAAAAAAGCUGAAAGUUAUAUUAAUCGAGCAGAACAGAUUAAAAAACUGCUCCUUAGUGAAGGUAGCAAAAAGAAAGCAGUUGCUGAAGGUGGCGGCGAUGGAAAUAAAAAAAAUGGAGAGGAUGAAGAUCAAGUUGGUCCAGAAAGAAAGGAAAUGACUCAAAAGUUUGCAAGUAACAGAAAACCGUGGGGUCGAAUAUUGUUGUACGGACCGCCUGGCACUGGAAAGUCUUAUUUAGCGAAAGCGAUAGCGACUGAAUGUAAAAGUACAUUUAUAUCUGUCAGCUCAGCGGAUUUAUUAUCAAAAUGGCUUGGAGAAAGUGAAAAAUCCGUUCGAUAUG